CAUUAGCUCUCAUGUGAUAGCUCUCGCGCAUGACGUGCCAACCAUAUGGCACUGGCAGCAGAGCUGGUACCCCCUUUGCUGGGUAGAGAUGCCACUCUCGCCUCCUUUUGGAUAGAGGACUGCAGGAGGCUGGAGCACCUCAAGGAGCCGCGUCCCGGGUCCCAGAAGAUGCUGGGAACAAUGAAAUAAGAAUUCCUCCGGUCCGCCCGAAGCCACCAUGUUGACGCGACUUUUCAGCGAGCCCAGCUUGGUCCCCGAAGUCCCGAAAUUCCCCGGUUGGGCCGAGGAGUGCGAGGAGGAUGCGCGCAGCGAGAAGGAGGAGCGGGCGGGGAAGGGCUGCGCCCUCCCGGAGGAGCCCCCCGAGGGUUCCCUGGGGGAGAGCAAGGAGGAAGGGGAGCUAGGAGGGGACGAGGAGGAGGAAGAGGAAGAGGAAGAAGGUUUGGAGGAAGCGGAGGGCGAACGACCCAAGAAACGCGGCCCCAAGAAACGCAAGAUGACCAAGGCGCGGUUGGAACGCUCCAAGCUCCGGAGGCAAAAAGCGAACGCUCGGGAACGGAACCGAAUGCACGACCUGAACGCCGCUCUGGAUAACCUGAGGAAAGUGGUUCCUUGUUAUUCCAAAACCCAAAAGCUCUCCAAAAUCGAAACCCUUCGUUUAGCCAAGAACUACAUCUGGGCUCUCUCCGAGAUCCUUCGCUCGGGCAAACGGCCCGAUUUGGUUUCCUACGUGCAGACUCUUUGCAAGGGUUUGUCCCAACCCACCACCAACCUGGUGGCAGGGUGUUUGCAGCUCAAUUCCCGCAAUUUCCUAACGGAGCAAGGGCAGGAAGGGGGGCGUUUCCACGGGCCCAACGCUUCUUUCGCCGUUCACCCUUACCCCUACCCCUGCUCGCGGCUGGCCGCGGCGCAGUGCCCGCCCGCCGCCGCUCCCGGUGCCCACGGGCUGAGGACACACAGCUACUGCUCCUCCGCCUACGAGAGCCUCUACGGCAACGCCUCCCCCGACUACAACAGCUCGGAGUACGACGGGGGGCUCAGCCCCCCCCUCUGCAUCAACGGCAACUUCUCCCUCAAGCAGGACUCUUCUUCCCCCGACCACGAGAAAAGCUAUCACUACUCUAUGCACUACUCGGCUCUGCCCGGUUCCCGCCCCACCGGGCACAACCUGGUCUUCGGUUCCACGGGGAUGCGCGGGGGGGUCCACUCCGAGAACAUCUUCCCCUACGACAUGCACCUCCCCCACGAGCGGGGACCCAUGUACGAGGAGCUCAACGCCUUCUUCCACAAUUAAACCCCCCCCCCCACCCC